CUUUCUUAAAAAAGCUCGCAGUCAAAACAAAGUGCAAGUCGAUUAAGGUAAUGGAUCAAGGAGACUGGAAAACGGGCUUGUUGUCCCUGGAUCCUUCCUCGCCAGAACGACCAGCCGAGCAAUCUCCACAAAAUUUGAAGAAGAGAUAAUUCCUUUGAAGACUUUGAAGACUCUGGAAAAUCUAAAGCAAGCGACCGGACAAAUUUAGGCACAGGUGCGGCCCCCAUGAUUGGUAGUACAAUCCCGUCAAGCUUAAGUUUACAAUUCUUUUUUUUUAGAACAGCCGUUUUAUGAAAGUUAUCCGACAUUAGAUUCCCGUGAUACCGGACCCUUCACCCGUCAAGAUGGCUUUCAAAACCGUCACAAGGUCUAUAGUGUGGCUUACGGCAGUACGAAAAUUGAAUUUUUAAUAUUGCCUCUGCUUUUUCGUCAGUCCAGUUCAAAUCAAAUACAGAAUAUUCUGUAAAUUCCGUGUUUUAGAGUAUUACGUAUAUUCCGUAUUUUACAACUGAUUGCAUGUAUUCCGCCAUUCCGCCGAAUAGGGUCACCCAAAUAUUGGGGAGGACAUCAUAAAAAAAUAUAGGAAACCGGUAGGACUUUUAAAUCGAUGAAAGUGCCUCACAAAUUUUGCAACUUCAUUUUAUAAUAUGCUUCAUAAUUUGUUUCCACAAUAAUAUUUAUGAUAUUUAGAUGAUAACCAAUGCACAACGCACUUCUUGUCACAUUACCGAUUGGACAGCAUACCAUGCACUCAAACUCUUGCGCAGGAAAGUUACAGUAUGAAAUUAUUUUUUGCUGCACUCAGUCACAUUCACGGCUUUACACUGAAACCUUGGCUAAAAGGUCUCUUUUUAGAUCUGUAGAUUUGUAAGGUAUUUCGAAAUACCCGCGCAUGUCUUUCAACACUAACAUUGAAAGAUGAAAGUUUGUUGCAGUGAUAAUUAUGACAAAGAUUGUAAACAUCAAAUAUAAUUGGAUGUUUUAAGCCCAAAUAUUCUAUCACCUCUUCAACAGCAUGGGGGGGAAAUGGGCGCUUACGCUUUUUUGCAAGCGGUAUUUCGGUAAUUUGGAUUUUAAAGUGGGGUAUUGCGGUAUCAUUUAUAUUUAGCCCUGCGGUAUGCGGUAUUUCUUCCUUUUGGUUAACGGCAUUCGGUAAAAGAAGAUCACGGUAUUGCGGUACUGUUCAUUGCCCUCUCCUGUUUAAUGCUAGCCUGCGUAGCAGGCACGGUUUAGAUGACCCCUCGCGUGUCUCCCUCCCGCGCGCUCGUUCUCUCACGCGCCCACUACUUCCAAGCGCCUGCUACGCAGUCUAGUUUAAUGCACGUCAGUACUUUUAAGACUUUAGAUUAAUGGUAAAUGAUUACCAUUACACAAUUUCUGACAGAUAAUCUGUGAUGAAAUUGGUAGGGUAUCUUUUUCGUUCGUUGUACCGAUCAAUUCGAGGCCGUCUCACGUUUCCUCGCAAAAUUAAAUUAAAUUGAUUAAAUACCGCAAUACCGUGAGAAAAAUUGGUAAAUACCGAAAUACCGUGUCAAAAAUCGACGAAAUACCGAUACCGCAUUUAUUUUCGGUAUUGGGUACCUACCAAUGUCCCCCCUAGCAUGGCGCAACUUCGUCACCUUUCUUCAGGUCCGCUGACCCCUACACGCGCUGACCCGUAACGUCCGUUGGAAUGUAUGUAACGAAAUACAAGCAACCCACAUUCAAAGUACUUGGAGACUAGCUGAGGCUGAAUUCAUCAUCAUUAAUAGGAAAAACAUCAAACUGUCUCAUUCACGAUUUCUGGUGAUGGAAAGACUGUUUUUUUUUUAACUUAUAUUUCACGUAUUUGUUUGGAUCCCGCUGCAGUUCGGACAAAUGAACGCUGUCACGCGACAACAUUUCCAAGAUUCAACUCUCCUUAGCAGAUGGUAAUUUCGAGUUAUUCUCUUUUUCUGCGAAUCUUUCAUUUUCCUUUCUCUUUAAAUUCUAUAUACUUCUAUUUAGGAUGGUUUUGAGCGCCUAGCAAGGCUUAAAGUGGCGUUUACCACGCUAUCCUUGGCCAUAUUGGCAACAGAGAAGUGUUUCGCCGAAGUGGCAACUUAACGGUAAAUACGGUAACUUUGAACGGUUUUCACAACGUCAGUAUACUUUGGCCGAAAAAUGUUUUUCCGAAAACGUGAUGUAUAUCCCUCCAAUGUCUGAUUCAUCACUGUGAUUGCUUUCAGCAGCGUUGGACUUUUGAGAAAUUAUUAUUUUAAAAUCAGCUCCAACGCUCCAUCUAAUUUAAUAUGCAAUAUUUGAAAAUUUAUUUUUUAUUCCCUUCGGCAGUUUUUCGGUGUUUAUCGAAUGAUAUUGCAUUAAAAGGCCUUUUUCUUCAUCACUGUGUGGUUUUCUCGUUGUUUUGCGUCGCGAUAGUGAUUUCUGAACCGUUUUUUGCGAGAGCUUAUUUUAGGCCUGAUUUUGCUGCUAUCAGACGGAAAAAGUUUGCGGCUCGAUAUUUUUGGUUUAAAGCGAAACUGAAACAAAAGAAAUUCAUUUUUGAAUAGUAUUCGGUAACCUCUACUUGGGAGAUAAAAAUCGGCCGAUUUUAUUUUUUAGCCGGAAAUCAUCGGUCGUUUCUUAGGCGCAGGGCCUCUUAAAAACGUUCCCAGGAAGUUGAAAGCAUCUCAUCUAAUUCCGUAAUAUAUUCAUUGAAUAGUUUCCUGUUGCCAUUCAUUCUUUUAUCUGGAAACACGUGUUUACCACCAGACUAUUUUGUUUUGAAAUUGACUUAAUAAUUGACUGUGUUUUGUUUUGUUUGAUUUUAAUGAACUGUUCAUUUUCCAAAAUUUACUGUCCGUUAAAGACAUUUUGGGGAAGCUUUUUUUCGAUUGCUGCACGACGGUAAGAUAUCAUGAACUUCUCAGAAAUAGAAGGUAGUUUUUCGUCUGCGAACGUUUUUGGACCAGUAUAUCUAACUGAACCACUGAUAAAACUCACUUCAGUAUCAGGAACAUGUUCUUUUUUUGUUCCAAAGGAUAAAAGAAUAAAAUUAAGAUAAUUUUUGACAUAGUUCGUGGUCGUCCAAAGACAUAGCCCUCAGACUAGUCACCAAAAAGAGAUCGGCAUCGUCUUUAAUACAUUAAUUCCCGUUCGGAAAAAUCCAGAAAAAGAAAUGAAACUAUAACGAGUUGAGCCAGUGUAUGCUAUACGAGCAAAUUUAUCCCAGUUUCAAUCAGGAGCAAAAUUCAGGUGACUCGUUACUCCGCAAGUAGAAACCCAUUUGCCGUGACUUAGUUCUAUCGAAGAAGAUGAACACGCAGCCGGGAUAUAAAGGUUACAGACUAUCCGUGGCAGAACCUAAACAACACAUUUAACUUUAAUUUAUUUUGAUAUUGACUGCCUCAAUAUUGUCGAUCAGGAUCUUGCACUCAGAUGGUGUUAAACGCUACAGGGGUUUUUGAUGGACUAAGCUCUUUGCGUCCAUCAGAGUCGGAAAUUAUGCCUUUAAAAUCAAUUAAGAUGUUUUCAAACUUAAGAGCUGUUCGAAAAAUGAGAAGAAACUUAUAAGUAGGUGAUUUUGAGCCAUUGCAGCGACUCACGUCAACAGGGAGUGAGGCCUUGCCUUGAUGUCCCAGAUUUAUUUUUCCGUGUCUUUACUCUUAUAACGGAGAUUGAUGCGAAUUGCUGAGCAGAGUUGAACGUCGGUCCUCACAACGGUGAGGCCCCCCCCCCCACUCCGCAUCCGCAUUAAGUAGGGCGAUGUGUUUUGGGUCAACAUAGUAGUCAGGCUUCCAAAUAUAAAUGCUUUUUGACACAACACCAGCAAAUUAUAAGAAUAUUUUUACACUUCUUGUCUUUCCAAACUUAGUGCAUUUCUUGAAGGUGAAAUUUCACGUUUCUUUCUACAUUAAUCGGGAUAUUUGGACAGGGGACUCGUUUGAAUACUCUUCAACGAACAUUUCCUUAACAAACCUGAAAGUGAUUUCUUCAAGGAAAGUUUUUUUCGCAAUUUUUUAGCCAAACAAUUUGAUGCUGAUAAAACAAAUUAACAAAAUUAAAGAAACAGAAAAAGUAACAUGCACGGCAAAUUUAAACUGUGUGUCAGUUGCAUGAGAUGCUGUUUCAAGAUGAGAAGCGCUAUAUCGCGAAUUUAACAUAUCGAACAUCUAUAUGGUAAUUUAGGUGCUAAUUUUCAAAGAUGUUGUAUUAUCAUUCUCUUUCCAAAAUAAAUAGCGUCACAUAACUUUGGGUUUAUCUUUGGGUGCUAAUGCCUCAGAUAUUAGUCUAAUUUAAUGCGUUGAAUGAUAUCGAUCCUCUGGUAUCGAGUGGUCAACAACAUCAACUGAAUUCGUUGCUUCCUUAAAUCUCUGUGACAACAACGUGAACUUUGAAGUUAUAUUGAUGUCAUAAUAAUUAAAUUAACUUGUUCUCAAGACGUGGUUUUGAACCGUCAUUAUUGUUUAACCAUUGUUUACACAUGCAUUUUUUAACUUUCGAUUCUUUCACUUUUCAAAAGGAAAUUCUUCAAGGCGUAGGAGAAGACCGUGUUUUACAUCAGAGACAAACAGUUCCUUGAAUGAGACAGUUUCGGGAUUACAACAACAGCUUGUUCCAAACCAUUACUGGAGUUAUGCCGGCGAAAAACUUUAAAAAAAACUUUUAAAAACUUUAAAGUAGUCGCGAGCAUAAGAUGUCUAUUCAUAUUUAUUUGUACAAAUUCACCAAGUUGACUUGUAACUAAGCCCUCAUUUGCAGAAUAAAAAUAGCCCACGCAACUAUAGUAGGUUCGAAAGUAUGUAACCACUGUCAUAGCCGUUUUUAACAUUUUUAUGCGAGAAUACAAACAGCCAACAGCUGCAAGUAUUUAAGUAACGUUAGGUCAUGCGCGGCUUUUUGCCAACGGGCUGAUCCGCGUCCUGAUUGGUCACUUGGGUGUUAAAAAGCAGGAUGGCACGCUUCUUACUGCGUCCACGCUUACCGUGUUGCGGAGUUCCAUUGCUUUUUUGCCACGCGUUUUCGGGGAAAACUGUGAGUAUGGAUUCCUUUAACUGACUCAUGAUUACAAUAAUCUCUACAAUGAUUUCCGUUUUAUAAACUUCCAUGCCGGGGCCACACCUUACAUCAUGCUCUAUCUAUUUCGUGUUAUGCUUCAUUCGCAAAUUUUAAGUUUGAGCUUAUAACAAAUGAUUUGCAAAUUUACUAAGUAGUCCAAUAGCGUUUUAGCUCGGGCUGAGGUUAGCUCUCCCUCAUCGGAGUCUUGCCAAUAACUGGUUCUCUCCGAGAUAAAAUGCUUGAAAAACGCAUUAUCCAAAUCACGCUGCAUUCUCUUCGGUGCCUAACCUAAAAUGUUGAACUAAACAAUUUCAGAGGAUGCACCAACGUAAAAAGCUUCGUCUUAGGGACUUGCUCAAAGAGAUGAUCGAUGCGGGCUUGUAUGGUUUAAAAUGCGAAGGAGACCCGAGGAAGCGAACCUUUCGAAUCCCUUGGAAACACGGCUCUCGGCAUGGCUGGUCUGAAAAAGAUGAUGCCGCUCUAUUUAGAGCCUGGGCCACAUAUACAGGAAAAUACAAAGAAGGAAGGGACCUCCCUGAUCCUCGAAAGUGGAAGACAAAUUUUAGAUGUGCUUUGAAUGCCUUACCAGAUAUUAAGGAGAUUCGCGAAGAGAGUUGUCCCGGUGGAAAGGAUGCUUACAAGAUUUACAAAAUGCAGCCAGUUCGAGGAAGA